UCGCCGGGCUCCGGAGCCCCGGCCCGGCCAACCCGCGGCCGCCGCGGCUGAGCCAUAAAAGCGGCGGGAGCCGCCGGGGCCGCGGCUCCAGUUGGCGGCAGCCGUGCCCGGCACGCCUGGAGUGGGCAGCGCGGCCGCCCCCUCCGCAGCCCCAGGGACCGCCGCCGGGCCGCCCCCAAGAUGCUGUUUUGGCACACGCAGCCGGAGCACUACAACCAGCACUCGACCGGCAGCUACCUGCGAGAUGUCCUUGCGCUGCCGAUUUUCAAGCAGGAAGAACCGCAGCUGUCUCCUGAGAAUGAUGCCAAACUGCCACCCUUUCAGUACGUCCUCUGCACAGCCACAUCACCUGCCGUGAAACUGCACGAAGAAACCCUGACCUACCUCAACCAAGGUCAGUCUUAUGAAAUCCGUCUACUUGAGAAUAGGAAAUUGGGAGAGUUUCAAGAUUUAAACACAAAAUAUGUAAAGAGCAUAAUUCGUGUAGUUUUCCACGACCGACGCCUGCAGUACACGGAGCACCAGCAGCUCGAGGGCUGGAGGUGGAGUCGGCCCGGGGACCGCAUCCUUGAUAUAGAUAUUCCGCUGUCAGUUGGUAUCUUGGAUCCCAGGGCUAGCCCAACCCAGUUGAACACUGUUGAAUUUCUCUGGGAUCCGUCAAAGAGAGCCUCAGCAUUCAUUCAGGUACAUUGCAUCAGCACAGAAUUUACUCCACGGAAACAUGGAGGAGAGAAGGGGGUGCCCUUCCGGGUGCAAAUCGACACCUUUAAGCAGAAUGAAAAUGGUGAAUACACAGAACACUUGCAUUCUGCAAGCUGCCAGAUCAAAGUGUUCAAGCCUAAAGGAGCAGACAGAAAACAGAAGACUGACAGGGAAAAAAUGGAAAAGAAGACCACCCAAGAGAAGGAGAAGUAUCAGCCUUCCUAUGAGACAACUAUUCUCACAGAGUGCUCUCCCUGGCCAGAUGUGCCUUAUCAAAUGAACAAUGCUCCAUCUCCAAGCUACAACAGUUCUCCCAACAGCUUCAACCUCGGAGAUGGCAACAGUUCUCCAACCCACCAAAUGGAGCUCCUGCCUCCCAGCAAUGAUCAUCUCCUUCCUUCUGCUUCUAUUCAAGAUGCCCAGCAGUGGCUUCAUCGUAAUAGGUUCUCUCCAUUCUGUAGACUCUUCUCAAGUUUUUCGGGUGCCGACUUACUGAAGAUGUCCAAAGAAGAUUUUGUUCAAAUCUGUGGACCUGCUGAUGGAAUUCGGCUCUUUAAUGCAAUUAAAGGAAGAAAUGUAAGGCCCAAGAUGACAAUUUAUGUCUGUCAAGAACCAGAGCAAAACAGGUCCCAUCUCCACCAAAAAAGAGACAAUGGAGAUGGCAGUCUUUGUGUAUAUCAUGCAAUCUUCUUAGAAGAAUUGACCACGCUGGAAUUAAUGGAGAAGAUUGCAAACUUGUACAGCAUUUCUCCACAGCAGAUAAACCGGAUCUAUCGGCAGGGACCCACAGGGAUCCAUGUAUUGGUGAGCAAUGAGAUGGUGCAAAACUUCCAAGAUGAAUCUUGUUUUGUUAUCAGCACAUUAAAAGCUGAAAGCAAUGAUGGCUACCACAUCAUUUUAAAAUGACCGUGCUGCACAGAGAGACUUUAACAGCCUAAAAUUUUAGUGCCUCACUGAGAUUGCUACAACCUAGACUGGAAACAUGAAGAACCUUCUGGAUAAAUGCUCCUGUGAACUAAGAAUUACCAAACAGCUUAAGGAAAAACUUGCUUUUACAGAUAUUCAUUUUUUGUGGUGUGUGAUUUUGGUUUUGCUUUUUUUUUUUUAAGCUGGAGCUGAGAACAUCCUCAAAGCUUGUACAUGUUUCUUCCUCCCUCCCUUCCUCUUCAGUUUUAAAAGUUGUAGAGGUUUCUGCUUAUUACUUAGAAACAUCUACCUUGUACUAAAGGGAAAUGAAAGAUAAACAAAUCCCAAUUCUCUAGAACCCUUAUGGUUGAGCAAAUUGAUUUACUUACUGUUCUGAGUGCUCUCUUGCUUUCAACAUACGCCCUGUUGCUGAUAGAUGUAGACUCCCUGGGGGUCCUCUUUUACUCCUUGAAGUGGAAGGCUUGGGGCUACAUCCCAAACCAGUUUGGGCAAUACAGAGGAUGGAUUUGGUGCCCAGUCUUCAUCCAAAGUCUCAGCUCUGGAAGCCCACACUUAGCUGAUCUCCACCUGCAGAUGUGCUCAAAGUCCAGAGACCCUGGUCCCCCCUGACAGAGCUUCUGUAAUGCCAAUCCAACAGAACAGUUUUUGGGGGUUUCAAAGGAGCACAGACAACCUGAGGCAAGCAGUUCAGUAGCAUACCAUUAUCUUAGAGCAGUCUCCCUGAAUGGAGUCUAUGAAUGUUUUCUGAGGAAAUGCUUUGAACAUUGAAAGUUAUAGUGCUCAUGACAAAUUCAUACUGUGGAUUUAUUCUACUCUACAAGGUAGUGAUUGACUGCUGUCUUUACUGCAACUGGGAAUUAGGUUUUAUAAUCUUAAUGAAUUUUCUUCCUGUUACUUACUCAAGUAAAACUGAGUUUUGAUCAAGUGCAGAUAACAGAUCAUCUUAGUUGCUGCUUCUUAUAUCCUUGCUCUUUCACUCUUGACUCCUGUUUCCAAUACGUUUAACUAUGAUCAACUUCACCCUUCCUUGGUCUUUUGGGAUGCUAUCCAGGCUCCAUUAAGCUAAAACAGUGGCUUCCACUGAUGUCAGAGGCAAACUGGAUCACACCUUUCUUGCAUGGAUGAAGCCAUUUCAUUUUUGAUAGCUACGUAAUAAGGCUGUUUCCCAAACUGAAUGUCUAUAUAGCAUCAAAAUCUGAUUCUUGAAUAUUUAAUUUCAUUCUGAAUUGACAUGGAAAGCUGAAAUACCAAACAUUUUCCUGGAAUGGAAAUUUUUCAAAAAAUGAGAAAUUGUCAGCUGGAAAACACUGAAUAAAAUGUUCCAGCCUUUUGAAAUGGAAACAUUUAAUUAAAUCCAUUUGGCCCUUAAAGCAGCAUCAGUUUGAGCUACUGUUGCAGCCCUCAGAAAUUCUCAUUCAAGUGUUUUGCGCACUGUGUCCGCCUUGGGGAUGAGCUCUUUGGCUGAAUUACAGAUCCCAUGAUGCUCUUACCAUGGGUUAGUCAAACACGGAAUGCGUCAUGAAGGCUGGAGAGGUGCCCAGGGAAAGAGGGGACCAUGGAACCCUUGAAUUAUAGCUCCCAACUGACACUAGAGGAAUUCGGACAGACGUGAACUGAUAUUUUUCUGACAAAAAUUAUGUGUUUCAAGUUUUCCCAACAGAAAUAAACAGCAAAAUAUUGAGAAAAGCAACCUUUUUUUCAUUAAAAGCAACAAGUUUUGCGCAAAAACCCCACCCAUCCCCACUGAUUUUUUCUUUUUUUUUUUUUUUUUUCACCGAAAAUAAUACUAGAAUAGAAAAGUCGUGUUACAAUGGGAAAACCUUCAGCCAACUCAGCUAAUUGAGUAACAGUGCCUACUUAGGCACGAUCUUGCUAAACUGGCUGUUCUGCAUGCUCCGUGAAUUGUAGUGUUUCUCCAAAAACUAUACCUAGGCUCUGGGAAUGGUGAUUCUUCCCUCUGAAGUAAAGGAAUCGAAGCUUCUUGGUUGAGGACCAGGUUGUGUAGGUGAGGAGGAGCUCCUGCCAUGGACACUGGGGCUUCCAGGUGGUGGCCACACAGUUACAACUGCCUUCCAAAACAGUGAAUAAAUUCCAGAUGUUUUUGUGAGUAUACAGGACCAAUGUGCUCCCGUGUAGCGGGGGCUGUUUGGUUUAUGUUGUAGAAAGUGCUACUGAAGAUGUGUUUGCUGUGCUUUUUCAUCCUGUUCUGUAAUAUUGGCCCAAUACAGGCUAUGGCUGUUAUUGGCAUGUAACUCAGGUGAAUCUGACCUCAUGAGAACUCUUUAAAAUACACCUUGAAGUUGCCAGGAGUGCAGUCUGUAUCAUAUCCACUUAAGUGGGGUAGCUCUGUAAUUGAGGGAACACAGCAAUACUGAAACACAGCAGAGUGAAGAAAGGAUAGAGGUAGCUUUGCUCCCAGAGUUAGAAACUGAGAUCUCUUUGCUUAUUUUAAAAAGUCUGACCUCUUGAUUCUUUUAAAAAAAACUCUUUCCCUAAGGAAUUAUAUGCAAAAGCCCUCAUAGUGUUUCAUUAGCACUUGCUUGAUCAAUUUUGAACAAAAAUAAGUCUGUUAGGGCCUUGCUGUAUUUAGAUUUUUAAAAAUAAAAUUUUAUACUGAUAUGAGGGUGAAUUCGACAAUAUAUCUUGCUUUUCUUUCUAUGCUCUAAGAAGGUAUAACAGAGCAAACAGUCCCAUAGAUUAUAAACACUGUCCUACUGGGUGGGCUCUACUGUUUUAUCUGUGUUAGCCUCUUGUUAAGCUGCAUAGCUUUAAUGUGUGUGUAAUAUCUACAUGCCCUUGACAGGGUAGUUCUAGUCCUUGUUGAACCUCUGUAGUCACAGCAGAAAUUUGGAGGUUUGUGGUCAAGUAACAUACACACCCAUGAAGACAUAGCACAGCUGUUUUGGUGUCUAGGAGGAUGUUGAAUUACUACAACUUAGAAUUGUAGAAUAUCUUGAGUUGAAAGGGACCCAUAAGCAUCAUAGAGUCCAAUGCUCUACUCCUUACAGGAGUACCCAAAACUAAACCGGAUGUUUAAGAGUGUCAUCCAGAGCAUACUUGCUUCUUGGACUCUGGCAGGCUUUGUACCAUGAUCAAGGGCAAGAAAAGUCCCUGGGGAGACUGUUCCAGUGACUGACCACCCUCUCAGGGAAGAACUUUUCUCCAGUGUCCAAUCUGAACUCCAGCUUCAUUCCAUUCCCUCACAUCCUAUUGCUGGUCCUGAUAGAAUAGAUCAGGAUCUCCCCCUUCACUGCCCCCUUGAGGAAGGUGCAGAAUGUGUUGUAUCUCUGGGUGUCAGGAAAACAUGUUGCACCCUUUGCCCUUUUUCCAUGAUGCUGCGUAACCAGCUGGUUGUUUUACAGGGGCAAACUGGCCACUCGUGGCUGAGGGGUUGGUGCACGUGGUCAGGGCAAUGUUGAUGUGAGACUGGACUGCUGAGGAACCUUCCCCUCUGCUUCCCAAAAUCAUAAAAACAAACUCUUGCCCCGUUGAAACUGAGUUUGUCCAUGCAGGAACCACGCAAAGCCUUCAGGAUUUAUUUUAGUGGCUUAUGUGAGGAAUGAGAGAGAGAGAGAGACUUGUCUCACCUGUGGAAGUGCCAGGUGAGACCCUCCCUGUGGCUGCAGAGGGUCUGCUGCCCCUGGACGAACUCCUUUGAAUUGUUUGUGGAUGUGACAAGCUCCAGAAGGAAACUUUUGUUUCCUCAAGACUGAUGGAAGCCCAAAUGAUUAGUCUGGGAUAGACACCUAAAUUCUAGAUAGGUUAAAGGCAAGGGAGGUGAGUAGCUCCCACUCAUCUAAACAUCCGAAAGAGUUCUGCAUUUACUUUGCUCCUAAGUGUCUGUUACACUUAUUUUUGCUUUAUUUUGUUGUUGUUGCUCCUAUUUCUUUUUUAAAAAGCAACAAAUGAAACUUGCUCAAAGUGGUUUAAAUGAGACUUUUUUCAGCUAUACGUGAAAUUUGUACAGCAGACCUUUAUAUGGACUGGGUCUUAGGAUAACAGUGAAUGAUAUGGUUUCCCAAACUGUCCAGCUCUUCAGUUGUAUUUAUGAUGACAGCCACUAUGAGUAGAAGUGGGUUUACUGGGAAUGAAAAGGCAGAAUCAUCAUGUGAUUUAUACCAAUACUGCAGCCAGUACUACAAAGUAUAAACCCAUGUUCUCAUCAGAUCUGUAUUGUCUGUUCAAAACGAUUUCAUGAAUUGUGGCAUUUUCUCUAUCAACUGAGUAAAUUGAUACAGAUCAGGCAGUAUGACUCUGGUGAUGUCCUGAGAACUCAGAAAUGCCCAUGAUACACAACUGAAGGGGCAAAUAAUCUGGUGAUAAAAAUUUGGCCAUCUGACGGAGGUGUCAGGACUGGUGCUAUUAAAAUGAAAGCUGUUCUUUCAGCUGGCCCUGCAUGGUUAAUUGGCUAAAAUAAUCAUUCAAUCUGGAAAACACUGCAGUUCUUAUUGUCUUAGUGUGAAAUUUAACGGGCUGAAGUUUCAAGGCUUGGAUGUGGUAAAAGGAUUCUUGCAGUGGAGAAGCCCUGAAUGGCACUCUCCUUAUAAUGUAACAUAUACAUAUAUAUGCAUAUAUAUAUAUCCACAUACCUACUGUACUGUAUCAACACAUAUUUGUGCUGAGUACAUGUGUUCUUUGGCUUUAACUGGUACUCUGCUUUGUUUAACUGCAGUUCAAUGUAAGAGACUGGUUGACCAAGCUUCCAAACCCAGCCAUUCCUUGGGUAGAAGUGUAAAAGUCCGUAAUAGCGACUCUAGGUGAUUUGGACACAGUACACUUGGAGUGAUGUAAAUUUGGUGAAUUUCUGCAAUAUAAAUCCCAGGCCUUGGUGAAGAAGAGCAUAUUGUUGCACUAACACUGCAGUUCUAUAUUGCAGCUUCUGAAAAUUAGUUAGAAUAACAGAGAAAUAGAUUGCCCAACGCUUUGUGAACUAGUAAGGCUACUCCCUAAGCACAACAACCAUACGAUGACUUUUCCUAGCUCGAUGUUGUAUUGCUUAAGCAUUGGCUGUAAUUCUAACAAUCAUCUGGUGGGUGACUGGGACAGGUUUUUUUGUCUGUAUCUGUUUUGGGCUUUUUUGACUUCUCAAAGAAAUGCUUAUAUUCAGACUGUAGCUUCUCUUUCUCCUCCAGUUAUGAAAUGGUUUAACUUUAUGGUACUAAUAGAAAUAUUUUCAUAAGAUUAUAAUCUGUUUGACAGCACAGGGUACUCAGAGUGGGGAGUGUUUGGCUUUGAUCAUCACUACCGUGGGUGAAUAUGAGAAGGCAGACUGUAUCUGACAUCCUUGCUUCUCUCUAACAAAUGGGUUAAGCUAGUGCCUAAAUUUUUUUUGCAUUUUUGAUUUAUACCUUUUUUUGUUUUUUUUUUUGCCAUUCCCUCAAAAUUCUGCUCCCUGGCGAGUAGAUGGUGUAUUCAACUUCUUUAAGUAGCCUGGUGGUGUCCCAGUUUGCUUGGAGUGAGUGUUUAUCUUUCAAAGGGCCGGGGAGUUACCUCUCUUCACUGACAGUGCAGCCGUUCGAGGCAGGCGAUGCUGAUGACCACAAAGUUGGCAUGACGGGCAAGGGCGAGUGGAGGUGGGUCGAUGGGAGGCUGAGGCGUUACCAGUUGUGAGUAAAUACUGCCACACUCUUUGUCUUUUUUGUUUUGUUUUUGGGUUUUUUUGUACAUGAAUUAAAAAAAAAAAAAAGAAAAAAGCAUAUUUUGCACUGGCUCUUGUACUGUUGUGCAGAAGAAAUCUGUAUCUAGAAUCUGUGCUCCAGUCAAAAUGCAAAUAAAUCUGUUUGUAAGAAGCA